AUGCUCGACUGGGUGCGCCGGCUGUCCGAUGAGGGGAAGCUGCUCGACGCCGCGGACGCGAAGCUGCCAGACGACGGCGCCUCCGCGCUGUUCGACGUCGGAAGGGUCAUGCACCUCAGCCUCCUCUGCUCGCUGCACGACCCCAGGGCGCGUCCAACCAUGAGGUGGGUGGUGGAGAACCUCUCCGACGGCUGCUCCGGCGGCGAACUCCCGCGUCUGCCGUCGUUCGUGGCGCUCCCGAAGUACAUCUCCCUCACCACUUCGUCGGCCUCCGACUCCGGCGCCACGACCGUCACCACCGACAGGAGCACGGCGACGACGUCUCUGUCCAAUCCCGUCUACGCCACCGCGGCCGCGGACACCAUCUACCACACCGCGGAAGACGGGAGUAGGGCCGGCUCUAGGUCCGCGUCCGCUGACUCCGGCUCCGGCCGGCGGUCGUCGUCGCGGCAAUCUCCCGUGGCGACGAUCCCACACGUGGACAUGCCGCGUGAGAUACCCUACAAGGAGAUCGUCGCCAUCACCAACGACUUCUCCGAGUCACAGGUCGUCGCGGAGCUGGACUUCAGGACAGGGUACGAGGGCUUCCUGGACACCGGCCACGGCCGCGUCCACGUCCUCGUGAAGCGCCUGGGCAUGAAGACGUGCCCGGCGCUGCGCGUCCGCUUCGCCAGGGAGCUCUGCAACCUGGCCAAGCUCCGGCACAGGAACCUCGUGCAGCUGCGCGGGUGGUGCACGGACCACGGCGAAAUGCUUGUCGUCUACGACUACACCCCGGGGAGCCUGCAGAUUUGUAGUUGA